AUGAAGUCGUUUCUUUGGUCCUUAGAUGAACGUGUAUGGUAUAUAGUGGUUCAUGGAUUUUCUGAACCCACAAAGAAGAUUGGAAAAGGAGAUGAAGAAACUACAGUCCUCAAAACUAGAGAGGAGUGGACCACUGCAGAAGCCACACACAGUACUCAUAAUCAAAAGGGGUCACUCAUGAGGGAACAUAUACUGUCAAGGGAGCCAAGCUUCAAAUGCACACUUUACAGUUUGAGAUAA